AUUUUCAAUGAAUGGACCUGACUGGACUCUUUGAGCACAUCAUUAAACAUGAGUGGUACAAAACCUGAUAUUUUGUGGGCACCUCAUCAGGUUGAUAGAUUUGUUGUAUGUGACUCAGAACUGAGCCUCUAUCAUGUGGAAUCUACUGUGAAUUCAGAACUUAAAGCUGGAUCUCUACGUUUAUCUGAAGACUCUGCAGCUACAUUAUUAUCAAUAAAUUCAGAUACACCCUAUAUGAAAUGUGUUGCUUGGUAUCUCAAUUAUGAUCCUGAAUGUCUCCUUGCGGUUGGACAAGCAAAUGGUCGCGUCGUUCUUACAAGUCUUGGUCAAGAUCAUAACUCAAAGUUCAAAGAUUUGAUAGGAAAAGAAUUUGUUCCAAAACAUGCACGACAGUGCAAUACCCUUGCAUGGAAUCCAUUGGAUAGUAACUGGCUUGCUGCUGGUCUAGAUAAGCAUAGAGCUGAUUUUUCAGUACUAAUAUGGGAUAUCUGUAGCAAAUAUAGUCCUGAUAUAGUUCCUAUGGAGAAAGUGAGACUUUCAGCAGGUGAAACUGAAGCAACAUUGUUAGUAACAAAACCCCUUUAUGAAUUAGGACAGAAUGAUGCUUGUCUCUCUCUUUGUUGGCUUCCACGAGACCAGAAACUUCUGCUUGCUGGUAUGCAUCGUAACCUAGCUAUAUUUGAUCUUCGGAAUACAAGCCAAAAGAUGUUUGUAAAUACAAAAGCUGUUCAAGGGGUGACAGUAGACCCAUACUUCCACGAUCGUGUAGCUUCCUUCUAUGAAGGUCAAGUUGCCAUAUGGGAUCUUAGAAAAUUUGAAAAGCCAGUUUUGACUUUGACUGAACAACCAAAGCCCUUAACAAAAGUAGCAUGGUGUCCAACGAGGACUGGUCUGCUUGCUACAUUAACAAGGGAUAGUAAUAUUAUUAGGUUAUAUGAUAUGCAACACACACCCACUCCAAUUGGGGAUGAAACUGAACCCACGAUAAUUGAAAGAAGUGUGCAACCUUGUGAUAAUUACAUUGCUUCAUUUGCAUGGCAUCCAACAAGUCAAAAUCGAAUGAUAGUUGUAACUCCCAAUCGAACCAUGUCUGACUUCACAGUUUUUGAAAGGAUAUCACUUGCCUGGAGUCCAAUUACAUCUUUAAUGUGGGCUUGUGGUCGUCAUUUGUAUGAAUGUGCAGAAGAAGAAAAUGAUAAUUCUUUAGAAAAAGAUAUAGCAACAAAGAUGCGUCUUCGUGCUUUAUCAAGGUAUGGACUUGAUACUGAGCAGGUUUGGAGAAACCACAUUUUAGCUGGAAAUGAAGAUCCACAGCUCAAGUCACUCUGGUAUACUCUGUACUUUAUGAAGCAGUAUACAGAAGAUAUGGAUCAGAAGUCUUCAGGCAACAAAGGACCAUUGGUUUAUGCUGGAAUUAAAUCAAUUGUAAAAUCUUCUUUGGGAAUGGUGGAAAGCAGCAGACAUAAUUGGAGUGGAUUAGAUAAGCAAACUGAUAUUCAGAAUUUAAGUGAAGAGAGAAUCUUAGUGUUACAGCUGUGUGGGUGGAUUAAGAAAGGAACGGAUGUGGAUGUGGGGCCGUUCUUGAACUCCCUUGUCCAAGAAGGAGAAUGGGAGAGAGCUGCUGCUGUGGCUUUGUUCAACUUGGAUAUUCGACGGGCAAUUCAAAUCCUGAAUGAAGGAGCGUCUUCCGAAAAAGGAGAUCUGAACCUCAAUGUGGUAGCCAUGGCAUUAUCUGGUUAUACGGAUGAAAAGAACUCACUCUGGAGAGAGAUGUGCAGCACUCUGCGAUUGCAGCUGAACAAUCCAUAUCUGUGUGUCAUGUUUGCUUUUCUGACAAGUGAAACAGGAUCUUAUGAUGGAGUUUUGUAUGAAAACAAAGUUGCAGUACGUGACAGAGUGGCCUUUGCUUGUAAAUUCCUUAAUGAUACUCAGUUAAAUAGAUACAUCGAUAAAUUAACCAAUGAAAUGAAAGAGGCUGGAAAUUUGGAAGGAAUUCUGCUUACAGGCCUUACAAAAGAUGGAGUGGACUUAAUGGAGAGUUACGUUGAUAGAACUGGAGAUGUCCAAACAGCAAGUUACUGCAUGUUACAGGGUUCUCCUGUAGAUGUUCUUAAAGAUGAAAGGGUUCAGUACUGGAUUGAGAAUUACAGGAAUUUAUUAGAUGCUUGGAGGUUUUGGCACAAACGGGCUGAAUUUGAUAUUCACAGGAGUAAGUUGGAUCCCAGUUCCAAGCCUUUAGCACAAGUGUUUGUGAGCUGCAAUUUCUGUGGCAAGUCUAUCUCCUAUAGCUGUUCAACUGUGCCUCAUCAGGGCCGAGGUUUUAGUCAAUAUGGAGUCAGUGGCUCCCCAACAAAAUCUAAGGUCACAAGUUGCCCUGGUUGUCGGAAACCCCUCCCUCGAUGUGCACUGUGCCUCAUUAAUAUGGGAACACCUGUUUCUAGCUGUCCUGGUAUGAGAGAAUUCUAA